AUGGCUGCUUAUGGCGCUGCGAUUUCUCUCAAGAAUACGAUUCAGACUAUUCUACUAUCGUAUCGCGUUUCACUAGUUCCUCCCUCUCCACAUAUCAUACAACCGGUCUAUGAGGCGAUGUGUCGCCUUCAGAAAGUUCUGCUAAAAUUGGACGAGACGAGCUGCAGCAAGAUCAGGAUGAAGGUGAAUGAUUUGGAUGAACGAAUCAAAGAAGCCGUGUGGGAAUUCGAAGACUUGCUAGAAUCUCAUGUGUAUGAACAGAUUCUUCCACAACUCGAAAGUGAGAGAGAUCAUCACUUGUCUUUCUUGGUAGAUCUGCAGACUCUUCAACAGAGUGUUGAUUGCUUCAUCGAGAGGGUAGAGGUGAUGGAGGCGGAGUUCGAUAUUGAACUUCUCAAUAUGCCUGAAGAAGAAGGCGAACCUCUUUCCUCAAGAAUUGAUUUUCAUGGAAUUGACUCAAACAUGGUUGGAUUAUCUGUUGAAUUUGAAGCUGCUAGGCAUUAUCUUUGUGUACAAGAUGGAAGGAAUUGGCGGCUACAUAUCGUUGGGAUGGCAGGAGUUGGAAAAACAGCAUUUGCUAAGAAUUUAUUUGACGAUCCAUCAGUUAAGAGCCGUUUCGAGCUUCAAGCAUGGGUCAAAGUCGGCAGAAAAUGUGAAUUCCAUGAAACGUUACGAUGCAUUCUAGCUCAAGUGGAUCCAAACACUCGCGACCAAAUGCUUACCCAAGGAAACGGCGAUGACCAUGAGAAAUUAGUUGGACUCUUGGAAGAGAGGUUGAAGGAUAAGAAAUGUCUCGUUGUGUUGGAUGAUGUAUGGGAAUGGGAUACACAAUUAAUGGAUCACUUGCCACAAGAGAAUGUCGGAAUCUUGAUUACAAGCCGGCAAGUAAUUCUAGAAUCUGAAGAUGGUAUUCUACUACGCCUGUUGAAUGAAGAAGAAAGUAAAAAAUUACUUGGGAAGAAGGUGUUCGGUGAAGAUGGUUUCCCUCCUCACCUUGAUAAACUAGGCGAGAAGAUUGCCAAAAAAUGUGAAGGCCUUCCACUAAUGAUAGUCACAGUUGCAGAGCUCCUAUCCGAAGAAGAUAUAACCCCACAAUACUGGACUGAGCCGAGUUGCUGUCACAGUUAA